CGUUUGCAUAUCGGCUUCGCUGUUUGGUUACCAAUACGUAUACAAGGCUGUGUGCUUGCUUCUUCUUUCGCUUGCUUCUCCUUUUGCAGUGAAUCAUAUCAAUAUUGCUUCCUCCAGGCUGAGCUUUGUCUGUCGGCAAUCGGCACGCUCACCCGGCCCAUCAGCAGCUCACGAUGACGAUGGCGAAGCUUCUGCUGUGCCCGCUGGCCCUCUGCCUGCUCCUCCCACUGCCGUGCUGCAGCUGCCUGUCGACGUCGGUGGAGGGCUCCCGCGAGAAGCAGCAGAUGCGCAAGGCACUCGCACUCCGCAAAUCCAUCGUGGCACAGGUGGCGGCUGUGUCUGGCGGAGUGCCCAACGGUGCGCUGGAGGGGACGGUGAGUCAGCUGCGGCACGACGUGGACGCCCUCCUCCGACUUGAGGAGUCUCUGUCCGGCCAUCUGUCGACUGCACGGGACAGAGUGGCAAUCACACCACACGCAGAGGCCGCACAGGCAAACAACCACACCGGCACACGACACGCACCGUUGGCACACACUCUGUGUCUCUGUGUGUGUGUGUGUCAGGCUGUCAUGAAGAGCCCCGCCUACCAGAACGCCAAACACGUGCAUUCACACCACACCAAAUCGAUCAGUGACCAGCUCUCAUGUGUGUCCCUUUCUUUCUCUCUCUCUCUCUCUCUGUGUGUGUGUGUGUGUGUGUAGAUGAAGGAGGCUGCGGAGCGUCAGCACCGUGAGCACAUCGAGAGGGAGGCGGACGUCAUGGCACAGCACGCGGCCGCACACAGCAGACAAGAGCAACUCGCAAACAAAUCGGCAGCCAAACUCUUCUCAGGUACUCACACACACUGACUGACAGACAGACAGACAGACAGACACAUCCAUUUGUCCAUCCAUCCAUCUGUGAGCACAGAGAAGAUGCAGGUCCUUCGCGAGGCGGCGGCAGCGAGAGAGGCGGCAUGCGCCAAGGCAGGAAAGGGAGGGGCGCCGGCUGCUGCCCUGCCGACUGAGGCAGACACAGAUGAAGAAGAGUGCAAUCCAUGCACCACUAACGACAACUAACUGAAACGACCGACGACCCAGCCAAGCUCAUUCAGUGAAGGAGGUGUGUUGUGUGUGUGGGCGGAGAGGGGAAGAGACGACGCGUGAACUGAC